AUGCGAAGCGCGUGGGCAUUCCCGGCGCUUGCCCUGCUUUGCUUGUCCGAGGGGACGAACAGUACAAACAGCAGCCAGCAGGCGCCGCUUGAUGAGCGGUGCAGGGCAGCCAACGUUUCCCAGGAGGAGCAGAGGUGGUGCUGCGCAAAUUUGCAGCUGUCAUGUGAGUUCGCGUUCAACUGCAGUGAGGUCUCCCUUUCGUGGGAGGGAAAGCAGUGGUGCUGCCGGCACCAAAAUCUAAGCUGCGCGUGGAAUUGCACUCACACGGAGAAUUUAAGCAGCUGGGAGGCUGCCCAGCGUGCGUAUUGUUGCCGACAUGAUGGUAUCGCAUGCGUUGGGACAUCUACAUCCACAGCUACUCCAGGAAGCACCUUGCCAUUGGCCGCCGUGUUCGACUGCGACGUGGAAGGGCACUGGUCCAAAGAGAAGCAAGACUGGUGCUGCGAGCAUAAGGCGCUGGGGUGUCCGUUGCCAGCUGACCCAGCGGAGGAAUGGGACUGCACAAAGGGCCUGGACAACUGGGAGGUAGUGUUCUCAGAGGCCAAAAAGCAGAGGUGCUGCCGAACGCAUGGCGUUGCGUGCCCGCUUGGGACAUCCACAUCCACUGCCCUCGAAAGCACCCGUUCUCGGACUACAACCUCCACGGCGCCAGAAAGCACCUCGCAGGCGGCACUGCCAGCUGUCGAUGUGUUCGACUGCCACGUGGAUGUUGCAGAGCGCUGGUCCAAAGAGAAGCAUGACUGGUGCUGCCAACACAAAGAACUGGGAUGUCCGCUGCUGGCUGGACAUGAGGACGGGCCAGCUCCGGCCACGUCUCCAGAACAACUACUGGAGGAAUUUGACUGCAAAGAGGGCUUCGACAAUUGGGAACUAGGGUUCUCAGAGGCCAAGAAAGAAUGGUGCUGCAGACAUCAUGCUAUUGCAUGCCCAGUUGCAACAUCUACAUCCAUGGAGGAAUUCGACUGCAAAGAGGGCUUCGACAAUUGGGAGCUAGGGUUCUCAGAGGCCAAGAAAGAAUGGUGCUGCAGACAUCAUGCUAUGGCAUGCCCAGUUGAAACAUCUACAUCCAUGGAGGAAUUCGACUGCAAAGAGGGCUUCGCCAGUUGGGAGAAAGGGUUUUCAAAUGCCAAGAAAGAAUGGUGCUGCAGACAGCAUGCUAUUGCAUGCCCAGUUGAAACAUCUACAUCCACGGAGGAAUUUGACUGCAAAGAGGGCUUCGACAAUUGGGAGCUAGGUUUCUCAGAGGCCAAGAAAGAAUGGUGCUGUGGCCAUCAUGCUAUUGCAUGCCCAGUUGAGACGCCUACAUCCACAGCGGCGCCAACUAGCACUUCACAGGCAGCGCUGCCAUCCACUUCGUUCGACUGCUACGAGGAUGUUCCAGCGCACUGGCCUAAAGAGAAGCAAGACUGGUGCUGCCAGCAUAAGGAGCGUGGGUGUUUGGCUGGACAGGAAGUGGACGAGUUUGACUGCAACGAUGGCUUGGCGAACUGGGAGCUUGGCUUCUCAGCGGCCAAGAAAGCCUGGUGUUGCAAGCACUAUUGGGUGGCCUGCCCCAAUCAGAAGGAGGUCGACCUGUCCACCUCGGUCGCGCCCUUCGACUGCGAGGAGGACUACGAGUCGUGGCUCUGGAGCUUUUCAGAGGCCAAGAAGGAGUGGUGCUGCCAGAGCUACGGCCUGGCAUGUGAGAAGGAUCCUAAGGCCAAGCAGGCCACGCCCAAGAAGUUCGAUUGCUCCGGCUCGCCGGAGGACUGGCCCUUGCAUCAGCUGACCUGGUGCUGCUCCGUGGAAAGCCGGGGCUGCCUUCAGAUGCUGCAGCAGGAAAUGGGGGAGUCUUUUGACUGCAUGGGUUUCUCUGAUGACUGGUCUGAUGAGAAGCAGAAUUGGUGCUGCUUCAACAAGGGCAUUGGCUGCAAGUCGGAGGCCACACAAGAGCGCUUCACGUCCCAUGGGUCGGAUUGGAGCGAUGAGGCUGCGGAGAGGGAGGAGGAUGGCUUUUUCUACCUCAUCAUCUUUUGCCUCAUCCUGGGGCUGGUGAUCUCCUACUGCCGAGCGAAGGGCAUUUGUGGCUUCAAUAACGACCCGAGGUCCUACAGCUACGGACGCGGCCAGGCGACCAGCUACGGGCGGGGCACCUAUGCAACGCUGGGCUCAAGGAUGCCACCUAGGGAUGAAACCAGCUCACCCAUGAUGCAGGAGCAUGAGGUGUUGCCGGACGUCGUUACCUACAACAGCUGCAUUGCUUCCUGUGCCAAGGCCUUCCAGUGGCAACCUGCCUUGCGCCAGCUGUCCCUCAUGGCAGAGGUGCGUAUGGCCGACACCAUCACCUACAACGCUUGUAUCAGCGCGUGCGAAAAGAGUGGCCUCUGGGCACUCGCAAUGCAGCUCUUUAGCCAGAUGCUUUCGAGCGGAAUCAGCCCCAGCACUGCAACAUUCAACACCUGCACCUCUGCUUGUGCCAGAGGUGAGGAGUGGCAGCUGGCCCUCGGCUUCUUGCAGAAGAUGGGGGCCACGCAGAUCAAGCGCAGCAUUCUCACCUACAUGGCGGCCAUGACCGCAUGUGGUGAGGGUGAGCAGUGGCAGCUGGCCCUGGAUUUCUUCGGGCAGAUGCAGCGGGAUCGCAUCUCUCCAGACAUUGGCGCCUGUAGCGCCUGCAUCAGCGCCUGCGGUGCCCAGUGGCGAGUGGCGUUGAGUCUGUUCAGCACGGGUGCAGCGUGGCAGCUGCGCGCCAACGCAGUGACCUGUAGUGCUGUCAUCAAGGCCUGUGGCAAGGGCAGCCAGUGGCAGCAGGCGCUGCAGAUGCUCGACAGCCUCCCUGAGGCGCUUCUGAGCUCCAGCGCCUUUGGCAGCGCCAUGGCCGCUGUUUCCUUCGAUUGGCAGAAGGCCCUGGGCUUGUUCGCGGAGAUGCGGCGCAAGAGCCUGGAGCAGAGUACUCUCAGCUACAAUGCUUGCAUGGCGGCCCUCGACUGGCAGCCCGCGCUCGCGUUGCUCCAAGACAUGCGGCAGAGAGAGGUUUUGGCGGAUCAAGUGACGCUGUGCAGCGCUAGCGCCGCGCUGGGCAGAGGCAACUGGGAACUGGCGCUGGAGCUAUGGUCUUCCCACACGGAGCGGCUAUCGGAGGCCAUGUGUUUGGCGAGCUGCAUCCAAGCCUGUGCCAAAGGGCGGCAAUGGCAGCUUGCGCUGCAGAUGGCUCUUAGCACCACAGGCGCCCAGUCGCACAAGGCAAUCAGUGCCUGCUUGGACGCCUUUGACGAGGACACCCAGUGGCAAGUCUCCCUGCAGCUGCUCGAAAGCCUUGGGGGCGCCGCUCUGAGUGCUGCGGUCGCCUCGUGCGCCAGGGCGGACCAGUGGCAAGUGGCAGCUGAGCUGGUUGACCAGGGGCCAGCCGCCGUUUUCGCUUGCAGCCUAGCGCUCAGCGCUUGUGAGCGGGCGCGCGCUUGGGCUCACACACUCCAGCUGCUCUGGGGCUCCGAAGCGGCCGGCUCCGCCGAAGCUUCGAAUCUGGUGUGCAGCAGUGCCAUGAGCGCCAUGGAGAAGAGCAGUCAAUGGGAGCUGGCGGUGGCGGUUUUCGAGGCCUUCCAACCGAAAGGAUCUGUGGCGCGGUGCCUUCUGCUGGACUGCUGCAGCGCGGCCGGGCUCUGGGAAGAAGCUGUCGCCAGGUUCUUUGAGUUGGAUGGAGAGGGGGAUGCCAGCUGCUGCGCGGCCGCGUUGAAGGCCUGCGAGCGCCGGGGCCGCUGGCAGGAGGUGCUUCUGCUUUGGCCAACCCUGCAGGAGUUGCAGUGGCGCCUGCACCUGCAGGAGGCCAAGGGCAAGUACUGCCUGAGUGAGGAGCCGCCUUCCGCAGAGCCAUCGGCGUUGGGGAAAGCUCUGGAGUUGCAGUGGCUUUUGGGCUACCCGCUGCUGCCGCCGCAGCAGGAGCAGCUCACCCACGGCCUGUACAAGUACAUGGCAGGCAUGCAGGCCAUGACGGCUCGGGAGUUGCUGAACAUGUUGCCGCACGCCCGAUCCGCAGCCUGGCAGAGAGGAGAGAGGGCGCUUUGA